AUGUCUGCCGCCGAGGCAGUGAAGACAGGAGUUCCAACUCUCCAUCACCUGAAUAACUCCCAAUCGCAACGCAUCCUCUGGCUUCUCGAAGAGCUCGCAAUCGAAUACAAGCUCGAGUACAAAGUAGUUCUGUACUCCCGUGGUGCCAAGGAUAAGAGAGCUCCGAAAGAACUGGAGUCCAUCCACCCACUCGGUCGAUCACCAACACUCGUAACUGCGGACGGGCGAAUUCUGAUCGAGAGCUUGACAAUAACAACCUACCUUCUGAAGACAUACGAUGCGCGUGGGAGAUUUGCAGCAGAUGAUUGGAUACGGGACGACACAUUACGGUCUUUCGCUGGUGCGACUUUAUUUCCUCUCGCGAGUUUGGAGAUGCUGUUUGACAUCGCGGAGAAGAACACACCAUGGCCAUUCAGCUUUAUCAUGAAACGUGUGAAGAAGGGCUUUGAUAACUUCUUCUCGAAUGCGGAAUUCAAGAAGAAUCUGGUAUAUUUGGAGGGCGAGCUGGGAGAUGCCGAAUGGUUUAAUGGAAAAGAACUUGGCGGCGCGGAUUUCGUAAUGAGCUGGCCCAUGGACGUCAUUGUUAUUAGGAAAUAUGCCAAUCUGGAAAAGGACUAUCCGAAGCUACAUGCGUGGAGGAAUAGGGUGCAUGAAAGACCGGCUUGGAAGCAGGCAUUGGAGAAGGGUAGCGGGUAUGAUAUAGAGCAGCUGGGUUGA